CUAAGCGAACGUAGCCAUGAUUGUGAAAACAGCAGUAACAUGGCGUACGCUUGAAACGUCAAACUAGCAUUAAACUUGUAAAUACAUUAAUGCCUUGAUCGAAUGUAUCGUUUUUCGUCAUACCAAUCAAUAUAAAACGAAUGAACAGUAAUCGUCAUGAAUACGUAAUCUAUAUCAGUAAAUGAAUAAAGCCAUUGGAAAUGCUUAUUGACAGAAACAAUUCAGGAAUAUCGGGAAAUUCAUUUGAUCGUUGGAUACAGAAGUCAAAUGCACAAAAUGAUUCUCCGAUUAUUAAGAUGCAACAUCAAUAUUGGGUAACAAAACAAGCCUUAUCUCGUAAAUUAGGAAAAAAAGAAGAUGACUGCAUAGUUGCUUCGGAUGCAGAAUUGGAUGCCAAACUUGAAUUAUUUCGUAGUAUUCAAGAAUCCUGUUCCUAUUUGCAAAGAGUUAUUGAUAAAUAUCAAGAAAGAUUAUGCAAUCUUGCGCAAGAAGAAAAUACUAUGGGUCGUUUUCUAAAAGAAGCUGGUAAACAAGAUAAAACAAGAGCUGGCAAAAUGAUGUUAGCUGUUGGAAAAUCAUUGUCUUAUUCUGGACAACAAAGACUUGCGCUAAGAGUACCAUUGGGAAGGUUAUAUCAAGAGGUUGAAACAUUUAGGCAAAGAGCUAUCGAAGAUACCUUGCAAAAUGUUCAGUCAAUGGAAAAAGCACGGACAGAAUAUCGUGCUGCAUUAUCAUGGAUGAAAAAUAUUUCUCAAGAAUUGGAUCCGGAUACCUCUAAACAAUUGGAGAGAUUUCGAAAGGUUCAAACACGUGUCAGACAAGGGAAACUGGCGUUUGAUAACUUGGCUUUGGACUGCCUACAGAAAGUAGAUUUAUUAGCUGCAGCCAGAUGUAAUAUGUUUAGCCAUGCUUUAGUUUUAUAUCAAAGUACUCUGCUUAAUUUUACUAAAAAAUCUGCACAAGCUUAUUCUACAAUAGCGAAUAGCUUCAAAGGCUAUCAAAGAUACGAUUUUAUGGUUGUAAGAGAACUUGCAGAAACCUCUUCUAAAUUGGCGCAGGAAACCGGGGGAGAUGAUGAUCCUGACAAUAAGGAUAAAUUAUUAUUUUUUGAAACGGAUUAUCAUGAUAAUGUUGAGGAAGCUGAAGAGGUAAAACCAAUUACAGAAUGUAUAGACAAACAAAAUGAGAAACUCUUAGAUAUCGAAUCUGACCCAAAAGAUAUAUUGGAGUCAAAAGAUUUAAAUACUAGUCCAAGUUCAACCAAAAAUGGAAUGGUAGAACAUCUUAAUAGCGAACAUAACAAAGAGCUCGAUCAAUUUUUUGGAGAUCUGAAUCUUGAAAUAAAUAAAUCUAUAAAUGAUAACAAACAAAAAAUAGACAAAAUAAAUAUGAAAACUCAUUUAGAUAUAGAUAAAAGUUUGUCAGAACUGGAUUUGGCAAUGGAUGUAUUUGAUAUAUGCGAUACAGGUUUUAACUUAACAGAUCUCUCUUCUACAGUAUCAGAAAGCCAAAGUAGUCAACCACUACAAUUAUUGACUUCAGAAAAUUCUGCACUUUUAAGUGAUAUUAUCAAUGACAAAGAUGAAUGUAGUAACUCAAAUGAGUGGGAUGCUAUAUUAAAUGAUACCUUUUUGCCACCAAAUAUAUUAAAACAAAGUUUAGGUGAUGCAACACUUGGUGUUGGACAAAAGGAUAUGCAACUUACAAAUACAGAUGAUAAGAAAAAAAAUAGGAUUGGAAAGGGCAAAGGUAAUUCAUGGUUAGAUUUAUUUGCAGAACUCGAUCCACUAGCUAAUAAUCCAAUGGAAAGCUUAGGUAGUGAUGGGGAUGCACCUGUGUAACUUUUAUGACGUCGAUAUGGCAUUGUCACAACAUGAUUAGUUGCAUCUGAUAAACAGGACAAAGAAUGAUCCUUUAUUUUUCAUUAUGCAUACUGAGUGUUGAUGAAAUGUUCAUCUGUUAUCAACAUUAAGUGAUUGCAUAAAUAUAUACCUGCAUUUAAGCUAUUCAAAAUAAUUAAAAAUAUAAUUAAAUUUAUAUAUUUUAAGAAUAUGGUUUUAACAUAACCAUGAUAAAGAGAUAUAUUUCCAUUUCAUAAAUUUUUCAUACAAGCUCUCUACCAAAGAUAAUACAAGCUCCAAACAUGUAUUAAGAUCUACCAGUCAAAUAUUUAUUUAAAAUAUAUGAAAAAAAAUUUUGUUCUCACGAUAAUAAAAUGUAUUAUUUGAUUACUAUGUAAAGAUUAUAGUACAAUUUGCCAGAAGAUGCACUGAAACAUCGAAUGUAUAUAAGCACUCUCAUAUUCUCUUGUAUUUGUAAUGUUUCUAAAUGUUUGAUUUUUCUUAUUGCAAUCGAGAACUCGAAUUAAAAACUUCUGUUUAUAAGGUACUCAGAAGGUACCAAGCAGCAUUCAUACCCUCUCUCCUAUAUACGUAAGGUAUAUGUUCAUUCUUAGAUUAUUCUUUAAGAUAAUUCUUUUUCUUUAAAUAAAAUAAAUAUAAUGUAAAUAAGCUACAAGCUCAGGCUUAGAAAUAUUAUUUUCACCUUAUUUCAGUAGGUUUAAGAUGCUUAUGUAUUAACAAAAGCACAAGAUCACAGUAUUAAUUCUACAUCAAAUAAUAUCAUUCAAAUAAAAAAUUCACAAAUUUAAAAUCUAACCUUCGUCAUUAACAUGAUCAAUGUUCAUGCAUCGUAGAAUUGUGCCAUGGCAGUUUUUACUCUGGAAUAAAAAUGAUAAUAAUGUGUGUGUAUAUAUAUAUAUAUAUACACAUAUAUAUAUAUACAUAUAUUGCAUGUUCUGUUUUUAUAUACGUGUGUAAUGAUUUUUAAUAUAGAAAAAAAGAAAAAUAAAUAGCAACAUACUUAUCAAAUAGUUGAGAAUCUUUCGUGUGACGUAAUUGUUGAAGAAUACGAUAAAGGCCUAAUUCUUUUAAACGUGCUUGACGUUGUGCUGCUCCAGGUUCUUCUCUCCACACUAAAUUGCAUACGCAAAAAAUUGCUGCAACUUGUAGCUUCACAUUGCUAUGCAUCUACGAUAUAACAAUGAAAUACAUAAUAGAAAAUUUGGUAAUAUAUAUAUAUAUAUAUAUAUAUAUAUAUAUAUGUGUGUGUCCACAAAACGACUAAUGUCGUUUACCAUAUAAUCCAUUAGCUUCUUUAAAACAUCCUCAUUAGCCAUAAUAUGGUCUCUGGCGCGAUCACCAUCGGCUACAUUUGCCAAAAUACAGAGAGCUUGUUCCUUUACAUCCGCUGGGUGUUCUGGAUCUUCUAAUACUAAUAUAACUGCUUGCAUAAAAUGAGCUGCAUGUUCACCCAUUAUACGAUCUAUGUGUGCUUUUGUAGAAAGCAAAUUUCGUAACAAACCAAGGGUCUUCAUUAAAACUGCUAAUUCUGGAUCAGCCAAAAGACGAAAGAUUUGGUCAGUGCCUAAGCAAGAUAAUAUUUGUGACUUAACACGUUGUUCCGCUUGAAAAGCAACAUUCAUUAAAGCCCAAAUGCCAUUUAGUCGUAAUGCUGGAUCAGGUCGUUUGGUAAGA